AUGGGACUGAUAGUGUCUAUCUGCUUUAAAAUGAAGAUUUUAUUCUUUUUAGCUGUAUUAUUAGCUAUCGCUUCUUGCUAAAUCUAUCCUAUGUAUGUUGGCAAUCAAUGUUCUUUGAGUUCAUGUCCUAGAAGCUAUUGGACUUAUAAUAAUAUUAACUACAACUAUACUUGUCCUAAGACUGGAAGUGGCAAUGCUAGAUUCAGAUUAAAUGGUCAAAAUUAUGUUUUGGAUUUUAUUGCUAAUAAUUCAACCUCCUAUUAUAGCGUUUAAUUACCUCUCAUUUACAAUAAAGAUGCAAAAUCUAAUGGAAUUCAAUACUUCUAACCAUUACAAACUGAUACUUUUGUUGUUUUAAACUGUACUAUUCCUGCUGCUAAAAAGUACACAAAUCUUUGCUCAAGACAUGCUUUAGUUGGUGGAAAGAUUAUUAAAAGUGGAGCUUUCUAAAACAGCUGCGCUUUUGGUUUGGAUGCCCCUAAGCUUUCUUUCUUAUAACAAGAAUAAAACUUUGAAUUAGAGUCUUUGGAUUGA